GGGGCGGUGAAAAGGAGCCGGGGGUGCCCGAGCGCCGCCGCCGCCGCCCGCCAUGAGGGCAGCGCUCGCCCCCGGGGUUCGCCUGCUCCGCGCCCUCCCCCGGGACAGCCGCUAUCGGGGACUGACGCUGGUGCUGACCUUCCUCUCCUACACCAGCUACCACCUCUCCCGAAAACCCAUCAGCAUCGUCAAGAGCCAGCUGCACCCCAACUGCUCCGCCUUGGGCCCCAACCCCCGCAAUGACUCCAACAGCACCACAUGGUGCAGCUGGGCCCCCUUUGAUGGGGACAACUACAAGGAGCUUUUUGGGGCGCUGGAUAAUGCCUUCCUGGUGGCCUACGCCAUCGGGAUGUUCAUCAGCGGCAUUUUUGGGGAGCGCCUCCCCCUGCGCUAUUACCUGUCRGGGGGGAUGGUGCUGAGCGGGCUCUUCACCGCCCUUUUUGGCCUCGGCUACUUCUGGGACAUCCACGUCCUCUGGUACUUCAUCGUUGUGCAGGUGUGCAAUGGGCUGGUGCAGACCACGGGCUGGCCUGCGGUCGUGGCGUGUGUCGGGAACUGGUUUGGGAAGGGCAAGAGAGGUUUGAUCAUGGGCAUCUGGAACUCGCACACGUCCGUUGGCAACAUCUUAGGGUCGCUCAUCGCUGGUGCCUGGGUUUCCUCAGCCUGGGGCCUGUCCUUCGUCGUGCCCGGCAUCAUCAUCACCACUGUGGGCAUCAUCUGCUUCUUCUUCCUCGUGGAGUAUCCUGAGGAUGUUGACUGCAACCCCCCUCUGCAUCACACGGGCUGUGAUGAGGAUCCUGGAGGAGUGACCACCAGUGAGAAGGAUCCUGAAUCAGUCMCCUCCAACGAGGGCCCACUCAGCCUCUCGGGCCAGAGUAGUGUGGAUCACUCCAAUGGCCCCAAGGAGCCGGCUGAGGAGCCCGAAGCCAUCAGCUUCCUCGGGGCACUUCGGAUACCUGGCGUGGUGGAGUUCUCGCUGUGCCUGCUCUUUGCCAAGCUGGUGAGCUACACCUUCCUGUACUGGCUGCCCCUCUACAUYGUCAAUGUUGCUCAUUUCGGUGCCAAGGAAGCCGGGGACCUGUCGACCCUCUUUGAUGUCGGGGGUAUUUUAGGGGGGAUCUUUGCCGGCCUCAUCUCUGACUACACAGGCGGCAGAGCCACCACGUGCUGCGUGAUGCUGGUGGUGGCUGCUCCCAUGCUGUUCCUGUACAACCACGUGGGUCAGAAUGGCAUUGGCACAUCCAUAGCGAUGCUGAUCAUCUGUGGUGCUCUGGUUAAUGGGCCCUACGCGCUCAUCACAACAGCGGUGUCGGCAGAUUUGGGAACCCACGAAUCUCUCAAAGGAAACGCCAAAGCCCUUUCGACCGUCACAGCCAUCAUUGACGGCACGGGAUCGGUCGGUGCCGCGCUGGGGCCGCUGCUGGCRGGGCUCAUCUCUCCCACCGGCUGGAAUAACGUCUUUUACAUGUUGAUAGCAGCCGACGUCCUGGCUUGUCUGCUCCUUGCUCGUGUGGUGGUCAAGGAGGCCCGUGGCUGGUGUGGCCCCAUGGCGAGGCAGAGAGGCUCUAGUGUGCAGCUAACAGAGUCAGUGAUGGAUGGGAAGUAGCUCGGUGUGAAAGACCAAUAGGCUGGGCCUCGUGCUGUGGUUUAAGGAGUUCUGAGCCGCCCCGAGCCCGGAGGGAGGAGAAGGGGCCGGGGCGCACCGGGAGCGUCUCGGCACAGCCCGGCCUCGGGCACGGCCCCGGGGGCUCGCUGCCACCGUAGGCUGGCUUCCAGCGGAGGCAGGGGCGAGGAGCAGUCAAAGGRCCCUGGCCAAGCGGUUUUCUGGGUCCGUUCUUCACCAUCGGCCGUUUUAUUAAUAAAAAUGUGCAAAAGCUG